UGCUACUGUCUCCAUGCUGGAGGAAUAAACAACACAAAUCCAUUCUCUUUCAUACCGCUGGAACGAUUCAAACUUAACAAUCCUCACGACAAUGACUCAAACUGGAGGUCGCACCGAGCGCCUGUUGCGCCUCACCAUCAAACUCUACAAAGGGCAAGCCCGCCAGGGUGGGGAGGGCCAUGACUUUGCCCGCGACUACGUGGUCAAGGCGGCUAAGCUGCAUGCGAAGCAUGGGAUUUACGCCUACCAGCAGUGCUACUCCCCACCAGCCUACCGGACCUUCGUCGACGAGAUGAACCGCCGCAACAACCGCGGCUGGGUGAUUGAUGACCACGACGUGACCAUCGAAUUCUACUUCCGCAGCUUCGAGGAACUCAACAAGGUCAACCACGACCCGGAAUUCCAGGCGCUGCAGGCCAGCGAGGAGCCCUACGUCAACCGGGCGCACACCGUGGUCUCUCUCUCGUGGAUCGAGAAGUACGUCGACAACAACGAGGUGGUCAACAUCGUGGACGACAAGUCGACCUACCCCGGUUACGACGAGUUGUUGGAUCUGUCGACAGCGCUGCCGACGGGAUCGGCGGCGUGGGUGAAGAAGGAGGAGUAGAUGGG